CCCGAACAUCUCACAACAUCCAUCGACUACAUGGAUGGCUCAACAUCCGUCUGAACAGACCACAGCAAGCACUGUUGGAAAACCCCUAAAUCAACAUGGACUGCGUUAAAUUGGACUUCUCAGAUAUAUAGCCUAUUAUACACACAUAAUAUCAUAACUUAAAGGUUCGUCUUAUAACUAUAAAUAGCCGUCAAUUUCAGUCGCAGGUACCACCAUUUCGGUUUAUUUCGCGGUGUCCUGAUCUUAAUAAGCUGUUAGUAGUUUUUAAUGAUUCUAUAAAUAGAAAAGGGCGCUCGCUAAUAGCGUUAUUUCAUUUGAAAUUAAUUUAACCACCGGCAUAGUUCCAGCAAUGGCAGAUGCGGAGUUGCAAACCUUUACAUCCAUAAUGGACGCUCUCGUGCGCAUCAGCUCCAAUAUGAAGAGCAUAGAGCGAGAGCUGCACUGUCCAGUGUGUGAGGAGAUGGUGAAGCAGCCGAUAGUGUUGCCUUGUAUGCACAGCGUGUGUGUGCUGUGUGCAGCAGAAGUCUUGGUUCAGAGAGGAUACCCUCCACCCGAACUCCCCCCAGAGCCCAACACUCCCACCUCAAGCCCCAUCACACGCUCUCCCCGACAGACACGCCGGCCUCCACCCAAAACAGACCGUCUAGACCGGGUGAUCAGAACAGUGUGUGGGACACAUCCAGGACGGAGGCGUAAAGACACCCCACCUGUGAUCAUGCUGUUCCCCUGUCCCACCUGCGGAAAAGAUGUGGAGCUGGGAGAGAGAGGGCUUGCAGACUGUCUGAGAAACCUCACGCUGGAGCGCAUAGUGGAGAGGUACAGACACACAGUGAGUCUCGGCAGCAUGGCAGUCAUGUGUCAGUUCUGCAAACCUCCUCAGGCUCUGGAGGCCACCAAAGGCUGCGCUGACUGCAGGUCCAACUUCUGUAACGAGUGCUUCAAGCUGUACCACCCCUGGGGCACACCGCGAGCCCAACACGAACACAUCCUGCCCACACACAGCUUCAGACCCAAGGUAUUAGUGUGUGUGGAGCAUGAGCAGGAGAGGUUGCCGUUUUACUGCAGGUCAUGUCAGCGUUUGUUAUGCCCACUUUGUAAACUCCGUCGAGCCCACAGUGGACACAAAAUCAUGCCUAUUGCGCUGGCUUACCAAACUCUAAAGGAGAAGAUCACCAAGGAGAUGAACUACAUCUUGGCCAAUCAGGAGUCUGUACAGGCACAGAUCACCCAAGUAGAAAGCGGCAUCGCUCAGACUGAGGUGAACAGCGCAGUGGCUAAAGAGCAGCUGAAUCAAUGUGUGAGUGAAUUGCGCGGUGUGCUGGCGGAGCGUCAGGGGGCCUUGGCCAUGUUUCUGGAGGGGGCCCGUGCACAGCGGGCAGGGACUCUGAACGCACAGCUUUCCGAAAAACAGAGUCUUUUGGAAAAUGCAGCGCUGCUCACAUACACUCAAGAGUUGCUUAAGGAAACUGACCAGUCGUGCUUCGUGCAGGCCGCCAGAGUCACGCACAACAGACUGGUAAAAGCAAUAGAAAAUCUACAGCAUUUCUCUCUAUUUGCUGAUCCCUCAUUCCGACACUUUCAGAUGGACGUCUCCAGAGAACUCAAAGCGCUCAGCAGCAUGGACUUUAUACAAGCCCCAUUGGCUCCUGUGAUUGACACUCAAAAGACCUUGGCCUAUGACCAGCUGUAUUUGUGCUGGCGCCUCCCACAGGACUCCGCCCCCGCCUGGCACUACUCAGUGGAGUAUCAGAGGAAAGUGGGCGGAGCUGGAGCAUUAUGGGGCAGAGUCUUGUCUGAAGGAAGCUCAGGAAGUAAUGGCACACACUGUUCAUGGCAGCGUCUGGAUGAUGUGGGUGGGACCAGUGCAGUGAUUGACAAGCUAGAGAUGGACAGUGUGUAUGUCCUGAGAGUUCGAGGCUGUAAUAAAGCAGGGUUUGGAGAGUACAGUGAGGAGGUGUAUCUACACACACCUCCUGCACCAGUGUUGUCGUUCUGCCUGGAUUCCCGCUGGGGCCUACAUGCGGAGCGGGUGGCGCUGGGAAAAGGGCAGACAUAUGCCCGGAGUGUUCCUGGAAUGACUCUGUUGCAGGCUGCAGAUCGGGCCCUCACCUCAUGUCACCUCACCUCUGACCUCCUUGUGGCCGAUGUUUCCAUCACACAGGGACGACACUACUGGGCAUGCUCAGUGGAGCCUGGAUCCUACCUGGUUAAGGUGGGAGUGGGUAUUGAAGCAAAACUACAGGAGUGGUUCCAUCUUCCACAAGACAUGGCGAGUCCACGGUACGAUCCAGACAGUGGUCAUGACAGCGGCGCAGAGGACGCCCAGGACAGUCCUCCUCCAUUCUGUUUCCUCACAAUGGGCAUGGGCAAGAUCUUACUACCUAAGUGUGGGGCGUCUAACACUUCUACCGGUCCCCUCACUGCCCCCUUACCACCUCGCCUUGGACUGUGUCUGGACUUCGAGAAGGGGCGGCUCACUUUUUACGAUGCACACUCUUUGCGAGUGCUGUGGGAGGGGACUGUUGAUUGCUCCGCCCCUGUUUGCCCAGCGUUCUGUUUCAUUGGUGGAGGUGCUCUGCAGCUGCAAGAGCAAAUAGCCAAUUGCAGUACAGAACAGAACCCACCGAGAAGAGUGACCAUCCAAACACGUGCCACCGACGCCGGUCACUAAACCGUCUGAUCGCUUUGAAACUAGUCAAAUCAGCACCUUUAAGCAAAUCUUCUUUUAUCGUUUUCUAUCGACUUUGUUUACCUGCUUAUUUCGUAGCUAAUAAUGCAAUGACUGAUGAUAUUUUAUAUUAAGAUUCAUUUAAUUUCAAAGGAUAGACAUUAAAAAGUGGUUAUGGAUGCUAACAAC